AUGCUUCUCCCGAGAUUGGGUCUUUUGCCCUUGAGGCCUUUGAGCAUUUCAUCCCGUCUCCAUAAUAAUCCAUUUCUUUAUCCAACAUCCUUCACGGACCUUGCUUCAAAGAUAGAACAGCAUCUUAGGAAGUCUCCAUCUGAAGAAAAUGUUCUAAAUGCAUUGACUGCCUUGAGAGACUUUCAAAGCUCAGUUCACGAAAGUGACAAAUUCGAGACAGAUCCUGUGAACAAAAAGCUCUCGGAAGAGAUUUCUCACAUUUUGCUAGAUGAGAAAGUUGACUUCUCCUCAGACCUUUUGCGCAAAAUACUACUUCUAAAACUUCCUCCCAAAUGGUCUGUUUCAAUUCUUCAAAACUAUUAUGAGAGGAAUCCAAAAGCAACUGUUGACAGGGAAACCGCUUUAAUUCCAUUUCGUCACAGUUUGCUCGACGGGGACCUUCAGAAUGCCUUGAAAAUCACUGAUAUAACUACAGGACACCCUAAUUACAUUUCCCAGAAGGAUUCACAGAUGCGGAAGGGCAUCUACAAGCUUGCAGCCACAGCUAUAGCUGUUACUUUUUUUUCGAAAGUUGGAGUAAACCAGGUCAUUGAGUGGGGUUGGCUCUCUUCUACUUGGAAACACUUGAGUUCACUUAAUGCUAUGAUAUUGACCUAUAUAUUGAAUUCGAGUUUCUUUGUUACCAUCGUCAAGUUCGGCCGUCAAAAGAGUGCUGCUGGCGGCGAUUUUUUGACCUGGCAAAAAGGCACGUUCUAUACCCAUUGGUAUAAGCAUGCAGAUGAGAUGAACAUGUGUGCCAGGAUCAUGCAAGCAGACUUAUGGCUCAACGGUGGCCUUGAAAAUACGCCCAGUCUUAUACAAGAGCUUUGCAGAAAGGAUGAUUCUCUCGAUACAGGUCGGAAUCCAGUUGCAAAGUACAAUCGCGAUGGAAAGAAAGUUCGUUUGCUCGAGCCCAAGGACAACAUUGAGGAUUUGAAGAUGCAAGCUUACUGGAUGAGCGGAGGUGAUGGCUUUGAGUGGGUCGAGCCUGACCAGGAUCCAGCAGAAAUCAUUUGGAGAAUGCAUUUGGAGAAACUCCGUAGGCCGCAAGUGGGAGCGGGAGAUCAAAAGAAUCUCAAAUGGGCCGAGGAGCUUAUCGAGCCCCCUCAGCAGCCUCCUCAACAGCAGGUGUAA